AACUGCGCACUGCGGUGACGGCAACAGUUGGCGUUCACGACCGCCCACCGUACUUCCGAAAGUCGCGCCUCGCACGCUACGGCGCGGCGGGGAAGCUCGUCGCAUUGACAUUUUCGUUUCCUGCUGAUUCUCUCUCCAGUCGCCAGGCGUCGCAUGGGCAGGAAUGAGUUCCAUGGAUGCGUUUUGCGGCUCGCGGUUCUGGGACUACAACCAGACAUGGAACACGACAGACCCCGACCUGAGCAACUGCUUUCAAGACACCGUACUGACAUGGGUGCCCUGCGGGUUCCUCUGGGUCACAGCUCCCAUCGAGACAUACCUCCUGCUCAAGAGCAGCAGUCGGCUCAUCCCGUGGACUGCGCUCAACCUGGCUAAGUUGGCCAUCACCUUUGUGCUGUUUGUGAUCUCCCUGGUCGAGUUCAGUUAUGCGGGCCACGCCGCCCUCUCGGAAGGCAUUGCCCUGCCGUCCGUCUACUUCUACACGCCCUUCAUCAAGCUGGCAACAUUUUUGCUGGCUGGCCUGCUGCUCUUGGCGGGCCGGAAGCGGGGCAGCCAGACUUCAGCAGUGCUCUUCUUCUUCUGGUUCCUGCUGAUGCUCUGCGGCCUGGUGGCAUACCGAUCACACCUCAAGCGCGCUUUAGCACCACCCGAUGAAGAUGCACCAGACUAUGCCAAAGAAGAGCGGCUGGGCGAGCCGCUGUUCUUCGGGGCAUACAUGGCGUACUACCCGCUGGUGAUAAUACAGUUCCUGCUUAACUGCUUUGCUGACAGCACGCCCAUCUACAGGCAGCACGUGCUGCCCCCUGAGGAGAAGGAGUGCCCGGAGGCUGGUUCCUCGUUCCUCUCCCAAAUGCUGUUCUCGUGGUUCGACGCGCUGGCCUACAAGGGCUGGCGGCGACCCCUCGAGACCUCCGACCUCUGGGCACUGAACUUCAAUGACCGCACUGACCAAGUCGUGCCGGGCUUUGACCGCCACUGGCUCAAGCAGGUUGCGGCCGCUCAGUUUCACAGGGACAGGGCUGCAGCAGCCGGGGCUGCAGCAGGGGGCGACGUGUCGGCCACUUUCCACCACAACCAUGCCAACCACGACGGCGGCGAGGUGAAGUUCUCUGACCGGAGCUCUCACAAGAAGACGGGAAUGGGCAGCACAGCUUCGCUGCCGGCUGGCGGUGAACGGCGUGCCCGGCUCAGCAUCGUCAAGGCGCUUAUCCAGACAUUUGGGCCAAGCUUCGCCAUCGGCAGCAUCCUCAAGUUGGUCCACGACACUCUGCAGUUCGUUUCGCCACAGUUGCUCCGAGCGAUGAUUGGUUUUGUGGGCUCCGACGAGCCCGCCUGGAAAGGCGUGUUCUACGCGGUGCUCAUGUUCGCCACAGCAUCGACCCAGUCGAUGGUGCUGUCGCGGUACUUUCACCGCAUGUACAUCGUCGGCAUGCGCAUCCGCACCUGUCUCAUCUCGGCCAUCUAUCGCAAGAGCCUGGUGCUGUCCAAUGCAGCCAAGAAAGAGUCGACGACAGGCGAGAUCGUGAAUCUCAUGUCGAAUGAUGCCCAACGCUUCAUGGAGCUCAUGGUGUUCCUCAACAUGCUGUGGUCGGCGCCCUACCAGAUUGCGCUGGCGCUCUACUUCCUCUGGCAGCUGCUGGGUGUCGCCGUGCUUUCGGGCGUCGGCAUCAUGGUGCUGAUGGUGCCCAUCAACGGUUUCCUGGCUGCCUACUCCAAAAAACUCCAGACGCGCCAGAUGAAGCACAAGGACGAGCGCAUUAAGCUGAUGAACGAGAUUCUGGGUGGCAUGAAAGUGCUGAAGCUGUACGCCUGGGAGCCCUCGUUCCAGGACCACGUGCAGAGCAUCCGCGAGCGCGAGGUGCGCAACCUGCGGCGCAUGGCCUACGUGUCGGGCAUCCUGUCCUUCCUGUGGACCUGUGCCCCUUUCCUGGUGUCGCUGAUGUCGUUCAUGACGUACGUGCUCAUCGACGAAAAGAAUGUGCUGGAUCCUCAGCGGGCAUUUGUAUCGCUCACGCUGUUCCACAUCCUUCGCUUCCCGCUGUCCAUGCUGCCCAUGUUAAUCUCCAUGCUCGUGCAGGCAAGCGUGUCAGUGAAGCGGAUGAACAAGUACUUAGGCCAUGAAGAGCUCGAAGAGUACGUCUCUCACGAGAAGGAUGAUGCGUCCACUCCGAUUUGGAUUCGCAACGGCUCAUUUGCCUGGACCAAGGACGAGGAGGCCGUGCUGCGGGAAGUGGACGUCCAGGUGCCCAAGGGUGCACUGGUAGCCAUCGUGGGGCAGGUGGGGUCAGGCAAGUCGUCGCUCCUCUCUGCGCUGCUUGGCGACAUGGAGCGCCUCGAUGGCACUGUAAACGUCCAGGGCUCGGUGGCGUACGUGGCACAGCAGGCAUGGAUCCAGAAUGCCACAGUGCGUGACAACAUCCUCUUCCAGAAGACGAUGGAGCGCGACCGUUACAAACGCACCCUCGACCAGUGCGCCUUGCAGUCGGACCUCAACAUCCUGCCCGGUGGAGACCUCACCGAGAUUGGCGAGAAGGGCAUCAACCUUAGCGGUGGCCAGAAGCAACGUGUCAGCCUGGCUCGUGCGGUGUACAGCGAUGCCGACAUCUACCUGCUGGAUGACCCGCUGAGCGCCGUCGACUCGCACGUGGGCAAGCACAUCUUCGACAAUGUCAUCGGCCCCAAGGGUGUACUCAAGGACAAGACGCGGUUGCUGGUGACACAUGGCAUCUCGUACCUGCCGCAAGUGGACCGCGUGAUCGUGCUGCGGGACGGGCGCAUCGAGGAGCAGGGCACCUACAAGGAGCUGCUGGCCCGCAAGGGGGCCCUGGCAGAGGUGCUGCUGCACUUCCUCCGCGAGGAAAGCCAGGACGACGGGCUGCUCAACGAGGAUCCCAACUUGGUCGAGGACCUUCUGCUGCACGUCGGCUCCCCAGAGAUCAGCAGGCAGCUGUCGCAGCACAAGUCGACGUCAGAACUCUCGCUGGCAGAGCGCAAGGAGUUCCUUCGAAGCCUGUCCCGGCAGCUGUCCGAGACGCAGAGCCAGUCCUCCAAUGGGCCCGGCUUGGUCCCGCAGACUGCGGGGCCAGGCGUCGGUCUUCGCCGCUCAAGUGCUGGCACCGAUUCUAUGUCGGGCCGGUCGCUAACACGCUCGCAGUCGACGCUGCGCGCUGGGCAAGGGGACAAGUCUUCCGUGGCAGAAGAGGCCGGCACAAAGCUGGUUCAGGCUGAGGCAGCCGAGACUGGACGGGUCAAGUGGCGGGUGUACUUUGCUUACUUUGGCGCGAUUGGGGUGGUCUGGAUGGUGCCCAUUGUGGUGAUGAACCUGGCUUCGCAAGCCUUCUCACUCGGCUCCAACGUGUGGCUGACCGCCUGGAGCAACGACCCUCCGAUGCCCGACGGAUCACAAGACCUUGCCAAGCGGGACCUGCGCCUCGGAGUCUACGGUGCACUAGGCCUGGCGCAGGGUGUGACGAUCCUUUUAGGCACGCUAGCGCUGUCGCUGGGCAGCCUGAAGGGCGCCAUGCUCCUGCACAACGGCCUGCUGCACAACAUCUUGCGCUCGCCCAUGUCCUUCUUCGACACCACUCCUCUGGGGCGCAUCGUCAACCGCUUCUCCAAGGAUGUGGACACGAUGGACCUAGCAAUCCCGAUGACAGUGCGGUCGUGGCUCAUGUGCUUCCUGCAAGUAGUCUCCACGCUGAUCAUCAUCACCAUGACAACGCCCAUCUUCCUGGCUGUCGCGGUUCCCGUGUUUGUCCUCUACUACAUUAUACAGGCAUUCUAUGUGGCCACAUCGCGGCAGCUGAAGCGGCUCGAGUCAGUGACGCGGUCACCCAUCUACACGCACUUCUCGGAGACCUUGUCGGGCGUGAGCACGAUCCGUGCGUACGGAGCGCAGGAGCGCUUCGUGCACGAGUCCAACCAGCGUGUCGACCACAACCAGAUGUGCUACUACCCGUCCACCAUCUCCAACAGGUGGCUGGCUGUGCGUCUGGAGUUCUGCGGCAACCUGAUUGUGUUGUCCGCUGCCUUGUUCGCCGUCUUUGGCAGCGAUCACCUGGACGGGGGCACCGUCGGCCUCUCGCUCUCCUAUGCGCUUUCAAUCACGGCCACUAUGAACUGGAUGGUGCGCAUGAGUUGCGAGUUUGAGACCAACAUCGUGGCCGUCGAGCGGAUCAUGGAGUACACCCGGUCACCCACUGAGGCCGCAUGGGACGUUCCGGAGUCCAAGCCCCCCGUCGAGUGGCCCAAGGACGGCGAGGUGCAGUUCCGGGAGUAUGGGACCCGUUACCGCGAGGGGCUGGACCUUAUCAUCAAGGACAUCACAGUCUCCGUCCACCCCGGCGAGAAGGUUGGCAUUGUGGGCCGGACCGGCGCAGGCAAGAGCUCACUGAUGCUGUCCCUCUUCCGCAUUAUUGAGCCUGCCCAGGGCACCAUCCUGAUUGAUGGCGUCGACGUCACCAAGAUUGGCCUGCACGACCUCCGCUCAAAGCUGACCAUCAUACCGCAGGACCCGAUUUUGUUCUCCGGCACCGUGCGCACCAACCUGGACCCAUUCAAGUCCAAGAGCGAUGAGGAGAUCUGGGCAGCCCUGGAACUCUCGCACCUGAAGACGUUCAUCUCGGGCCUCGACCGCGGCCUUGAGCAUGAAGUUCAGGAGGGUGGCGAGAACCUCAGUGUGGGCCAGCGUCAGCUGUUGUGUCUGGCACGGGCCCUGCUGCGAAAGUCCAAGGUGCUCGUGCUGGACGAGGCGACAGCUGCCGUGGACAUGGAGACAGACGAGCUCAUCCAGCAGACAAUCCGGCGGGAGUUUGCCGGCUCCACAAUCCUCACCAUCGCCCACCGGCUCAACACCAUCCUGGACUACGACAGGAUCCUGGUGCUGGAGCAAGGGAGGGUGGCCGAGUUUGACACGCCGGCCAGCCUGCUGGCCGCCGAGAAUUCCAUCUUUCACGGCAUGGCCAAGGACGCAGGCCUCGCCUGAUUGACGAUGCACAAUUAGCCUAUGUUAUUAUUAUCGUUAAUAUUAUUAUGCACAUUGUUCACCACCGCCAUCCUUCUAGGCCCCUACCUUUUCCUUCCGCUCUCACCACACUCCCAUUUCCCUGUCCGCCAUCUCACCAGGCAUAGGUGGGCACGUCAAGCAUGCCUUAGAUUGCAGCGGCUGCCCUGUCAGGACACUGUGCAGAUUUCAAAUUUAUCUUGUGUUCUUUUUCAUUUUAUUUCGAGUUCCUCUUAGCCCCUGUGCAUUGCGUUGCUAUGGAGAAGCUCAUUUCCCACGCCGUCAGUGAGCUUACGAGCUUUUGUUUCAGGAUUGCUCGGCGUGACAUCUUUUGUUCACCUUUCCUUAACCCGUGCUCCUUUUAGCUAGGUUGUGGGUUUGCUGAAGUGGCAAAAGGCAGGGUUUCUUUCAUUUCACAUGUCAAAACCCACACAUAGACUUAUGUUGUGUCCUGGAGGCGUUGUGGCUCGCAGAAGAGCUGAAGUCCAUUGUGAAUGUCUUCUGGUGGGUUGGGUUAGCAUUGUAGGAAUCUCGGAGGAGAGCAAAGGAAUGUGAACACAUUUUUAUAUCAAUACUUGGCUAUUGAAUAAAAGCCACGGAUCCAUAUCGUGCCGAGAAGCUGCAAAGGGUCACUUCUUGAAGUCCGUUCGAAAUGUGUGUUAGGUAGAUGAAGUAGGUUUCUUAGGAAUCUCGAAGAAGAGUACAUUUCAAAGGCUUUUGUAACCAACAUUUUGUCACAGAAUAAAAACAAUUUAGUCAUAAGAAAGAAGGGGCCUGUGACGUUGGCAUGUGCCGAUCCUGAAAAUGAGAAGGGGUCUUCAUUGCCAACUUUCUUAGGGACUGUGCUACUUGUUGUAAAAAUGCUUGCAGUAGUCCUCAUACUUUUUUUUUAUGUUUAAAGUUUAAAUUUGCAAUGGCGAACCGUAGUCAAGCUUCCUGUCAAGAAAUGAACAGGCUUCAAGGGCCAACAUUUGACACAAGUGCCUGAGGCUUUGUGCAACUUCUCUUUGAUUCCUUGUCAGUACAUGCUCAUGGACAGAAUGAUGAAUGUAUGUGCAAAGCGUCUACAAGAUCAAGGUACUUCAACUUAAGUUACUGUUGUAGUGCAGACUGUAAGCUGUGCUUUAGACAGCUGGGUUAAACUGACCCGAUUUUCUAAAUGGCAAUCCAUGAGGCUUCGCUCAGUUUCCAAAGAGUGCAAGGCAUUGCUUAUGAGAACCAUCUAUUAUUGUGGUAGUAAAAACUUGAAAAAAGAAAACAUUGAACUGAUCAAUCAUUAGUGAUCUGCUGGUUACUUCAGCAAUCCCCAAAUCUUAGUCAUAGUUGUUCUAACCUCAUCUGUAUUUGGCGCUGGUUAUCUACAAGGCUUGGCUCAGUUAUCCAGUCAAUUGGAAGUGUUGCUCACUAGCACCAUCUAUUAUAGUUGGCGUGAACUAUGCAGGAAAGUUUCAGCAUCUAAAGCUACACUCUGAUGAGCUGUAGGAUUUAGUUGUUGCUGCAUAACAGCACCUCAUAUUGUUAGCGCCACGCAUCUAUAGCCAACUUGCACUGACUGAUGAUUUUUAAUAUAUUUUACAAGCAGUUAGGACUACCAUAUUGAGUGAACCUAUGAAGCAUCUGGGAUCUUGUGCCAUUUGUCCUUAUAUGCUGCACUCCGGAAAUACUGGGCCAUUUUUUAAUGCCAUUGCCAUGAUGCGAUAAGAUGCAGCACUGUUAUUGUAGUCAUUUUUGGAGCCGGCUAUAGCUGCUUGUUCAGGCUCGGUUUGGGCAUUGACUUAACAUUGUGCAUCACAAGGACUUCAUAAAAGCGGAAUGUGAAAAACCUUACUGGUACCUUUGCCUUGAAGUUGUGUUAUUGGUCAUAAUGAGGAUUCGAAAAUAUGUUGCGUUUCUGCCUUUAUUUGCACUAAAUGUUCCAUUACUCUAAUUUAUAGUGUCACAUUUGUUGGGGCUGUAACAAUGACUGCCACUCAUCAUAGUGUUUCUUGCAUCAGUGUUUUCAUGUUUUUUCCCCCCUCGUAAUGUGCUACCACGUGCGAACAAAAGUCGCGGAUUUGUUUGAUUGCUCCCGCAUUUUUCAUUCGUUAUACUAUGUCAUCGUACUAUUCACUUUACGCAGCUGUCUAUGUGUUCAGCACUGUCUAUAUUUGAAUAGACCAUAAGUGUUUCAUUGUGUACCUUUGCUAAUCGGCAUGGUGUGUUUACACAUCUCGUGUAAUUUUUCGUAGAAUUUCUGCAGCUUCAGCCUUAAAAUAUUUAGAAGGGGGCCUUUUGAGAAAUGCAUAUAAUAGUGUUCUUUAGACUCGUUAUGCUUUUUUUGUGUAUCUCCCUAUUGUUGUCCAAUCUUGGGAAAAUGCCAUGCAUUACUGCUCAUAGUGGCCUGAUUCUGUAACCUGAUCUGGCCUUGGCAGUGUUAAUCUGUAACGAUUGGCCCAGCCCUCCAAUCAACACAAAUUGUUGCUCACCAGUGCCACCUGUUGUAGUUAGUGUGAACUAAGGCAGGAAUCUUUCAUCUCUUGAUGUGAAAGACCUGCGUGCUUGCUAAUUUUACUUCAGUGUAGGGCCACUGAUGGCGUCAUAUCGGCUGCAAAGGAGAAUGUUGAAGCUGCAUUGGCUUGGAAUACUAAUGCAUUGUCCCCUCAAACAAUGGACAACACUGCAUAUUGUUUCUUAAUGUGGCUCGAGAUAUUACCAGUUUUUCGCCAGUAAUUUGAAAACUUUUGGGCAUUGAAACCUCGGCAAGCGUUUCAUAAUUGUGCGACUCUAUUUGCACGAUUUAAAAAUGCAGAGAAAAAGAAAUUACGAAAGCUUAGGUUUGUGUCAACACACUGCUUUGGUAUUAAUGUUGAAAAUUUGCACACAACUGUACAAGAUUUUGCAUUGCUUUUGUAAACUGGUACGUAGUGAAUAUGAUGAUGCCUUGGUCAGCCUCUUGUCAAUCCUUCAGUCCAUAUACAGUAAUAAUCAGAAGCAAUGUGGUGGAGAGAUUUCAUGAGCGAUUUCUGGCUGUUAACCCUUUCAGUACUGACGAGAAAUUUGAGACUUGAGAAGAAACUAGCUGCACAUCCUUUAUGGAGGAUGACAUUUGUUGGACCUUAGGCACCUUUAGCACUAAGAAAAAGAGGGGGGGGGGGGGGAAUACAAGGCCAUUCGGAUGCUGUCAAAAUGCGUUCUCGCACUUCCUGGUGAAUAUCUCAGCAAGCAAUACAACAUCCACAGACGUACAGUAUGUAAGAUCUGCAGAUGAAUUAGAUGAAAAACUGAGUUGACAACUUUCACUUCUGUCACCUGUGUAUUUCAAUAUAAAGGAUUCAAGGCAGGCGUCAAGUCAGUACGGAAAGGGUUAACGAGUAAACUGUAAUUGUGUUCGUCGCAUGACUUGCAAGUGUGGCAAUACAACAAUGCGCAUCGACUCUGUAUUCGUACAUUUUUGAAGUGGCUAAGUGGCAUGCGGGGACUUAUUACCUUCCAGCCACGAGUAUAGUAUUUAAUUGCCGCCAAAGGACUGUUUUCCAGGCAGCACAGGGCAUUGUGAAUUGAAUCUUUGUCUUUUGCAAUCGCUCUGAUAUAUGUAUAAAUAUAUAUAAAUAUUUAAUAAGCAUUUUUCAGAAGUACGCAUGCUAGAAAAAAAAAGAAAAAGGGCUGCUUGUGACAGAGCCAGUGUGAUACCUCUUUCGCGUACUUUGUACCAUAGUUUUUUAGGACAUUUGUACUUUAUUGCAUACGGGUUGCAGACCAGUGUUUUGCUGCUCGCUGCUGCUGCAUGCACCAUGUGGGCUGGUGGAAACACAAAUGUCCAGUUUUUUUGUGUGUUUUUUAUGACAUUUGAAAUAAAAUGACAUUUUCAUGAAA